UGUACUUGGUAAUUUGCCUCACUUUUGUUAUUAUUAUUUAUAGUUUGGUGUCAUGUCCGUAUUUUCAUUUUUCUGUGUAUCUUCCCCAGUCUGCGGAGAUGAAGGAGAAGUUAGUUGAAUAUAUCACAAACCCCAAUGGCGAUGGAACGACUGUGGACAGGCAUGUGAGCGCGCAGGAUCGGGGCAAAUUGUACCGCAACCAAGGAGAUGUCUUUAGCAUUGAAGAUGAUGAUGAUGGAGGCGGUGGUGCUGAUGGUAGAGAAAAUGACCGCUUGGAAGUAGUGAAAGUAUCUCAGUGGCUGAAGAAGCCUGAUGUCAUAACAUCAUUUGCAUGUCAUCAAGUCAAAGAAAAUGGUUACAUGUACAAAUGUCACCUCCUGCUUACGGAUACACUCCUGUUUGUCAUCCGGAAUCCGAAACCAAGUCAGGAGAGGGUCACGUCACAGCACGGAGAACUUUGGCCUCCAUUGUAAAAAUAAACGUCCAAGAAAAGACACCCUGAUCUCAUCACUUUUAAGUAUGGCACU